GUAGACGAGUGACUGCCUCUCUCUAGAUUAAAUCGUGUAUAAUAAAAUACGAUUUUCAGUCACUUCAACAGAAGCGUCUGCAGACUCUUAUCCCACACCAAACACCUGUCUUACUCUGGCGACAGAUAUAUUCCAAGGGCAGACAGUAUUCACUCUUGACAACACACUUGCAGGGCUCGGAGGGUCGUGUGGUAAACGUCAUAAGCCUGUGGCAGCAGUGGAGCUGAACGGAAACCCCUCCCGAUCCCAACUCAACUACUCCAAACUCAGUCAAAGAAAAGAGGAAUACCGAGGAAUCAGGAAACACGGACAAAUACCACACUACACCUUUACAUAGAAACAAUGCAGACCUGAGUGGGACACCCAGUUGAGUGAGAGUGAGAGAGACAGUGUGCCUUGCGAGUAAGAUGGGGUUCGGCCGGGACCUGCGGAACUCCCAUGAGGGUCUGAUGAAGCUGCAGGACUGGGAGCUGAAGCUGCUGGAAACAGUGAAGCGCUUCAUGACCCUCCGGGUGAAGAGUGAUAAGGAAUACGCCUCUCUCCUGCUCAACAUCAGCCAGCAGGUGGACAAGCACGACAACUCCUCUCAGAUACACUAUGUCAGCAGUGUCUCCAAGUCGUGGACUCACAUGGUGCAGCAGACGGAGCAGUUAAGUAAGAUCAUGAAGUCUCAUGCAGAGGAGCUGAACUCAGGACCUCUCCAUCGCCUCACCAUGAUGAUCAAAGACAAGCAGCAGGUGAAGAAGAGCUACCAAAGCCUCCACCAGCAGAUCGAUUCCGAGAUGAAUAAGGUAACCAAAAGUGAUCUUGAGAAGUUAAAAGGCACCUACAGGCAGUUAACUAAGGACGCUGUUAUUGCAAGAGACAAAUACAAAGAGGCUGUUGUAAAAGGCAAAGAGACAGAGAAAGCCCGAGAGCGCUACGACAAAGCCACCAUGAAGCUGCAUAACCUGCACAACCAGUACGUGCUUGCGGUGAAGAGCGCGCAACUACACCAGGAGCACUACCACGAGACUGCGCUGCCCCUGCUGCUCGACUCCCUGCAGAAGAUGCAGGAGGAGAUGAUCAGUGCACUUAAGGGGAUUCUGGAGGAGUACAGUGAAAUCACCAGCCUGUUAACAGAUGAAAUCGUAAAGGUCCAUAAAGAAAUACACACUUCAAUCGACCAAAUCGAUCCUCUUUCAGAGUAUGACAACUUCAUCGAAGUGUAUAGUUUACCAGAAGCCAAGGAACCAAAUGUAGACUUUGAUGUAACGCUAUUAGACGAAACUGAGAAUCUUCAAGCAAAUGAGAUUCUGUGGAAUAGUUUGACAGCGGACAGUUUACAAACAAUGCUGAAAUCCACCUCAGAGGAGCUAUUGUUAACCCAGCAGAGUCUGCGCAGCAAAGAGGACCUCAUGCUGGACCUGGCGAAUAAAAUAGACGAAUCUGCCAAAACAUAUGAGAAGAAAUCAGAUGUGGUGUUGUUGCUCAGUCAAAAGCAGUCUUUGGAAGAGUUGAGACAGACGGUUCAGCUGCUGCGCUGCUCAGAGGCCAAACUCACGGCGCAAAGAGAACUGCUGGAGCAGAAGAUGCAAGAAAACGAGGGCAAAGAACCACCGCCUGUCGUCAAUUAUGAAGAGGAUGCCCGCUCUGUCAACUCAAUGGAUAAAAGCAAAGACAAGAUAUCAAAGUUUGAGACCCUCAGGCACUCCAUCGCCGGAAUCAUCCGCUCGCCCAAGUCAGUUCUGAGCUCCUCCUCAUUUUUUGACGUGAUUCCCACCAGUGAGAAACCGCUGGGUGAGCAGGAGUGGUAUCAUGGUGCCAUUCCCAGGACAGAAGCUCAGGAGCUGCUGAAGCAGCAGGGAGACUUCCUGGUACGUGAGAGCCACGGCAAACCUGGAGAGUAUGUGCUGUCGGUGUUUUCAGACGGACAGCGCAGACACUUCAUCAUUCAGUUCGCUGAUAAUCAGUACAGAUUUGAAGGCACUGGCUUCCCCACCAUCCCACAGCUCAUAGAGCAUCAUUACACAACUAAACAAGUCAUCACCAAGAAAUCUGGGGUCAUACUCUUAAACCCCCUCAUAAAGGAUAAGAAAUGGAUCCUCAAUCACGAGGAUGUUAUUCUUGGAGAACUCCUCGGCAAAGGAAACUUUGGAGAGGUUUUCAAAGGAACACUGCGAGAUAAAACCCCUGUGGCGGUGAAAACCUGUAAGGAAGAUCUACCACAAGACCUCAAGAUAAAGUUCCUCUCAGAAGCCAGGAUCCUGAAGCAGUAUGAUCACCCCAACAUUGUGAAGUUAAUAGGCGUCUGUACCCAACGGCAGCCCAUUUAUAUAGUAAUGGAACUUGUACCAGGUGGCGACUUUUUAUCUUUCUUAAGAAAGAAAAAGGAGGACCUUAAGACAAAACAACUGGUAAAGUUUGCAUUGGAUGCUGCUGCAGGAAUGGCAUACCUGGAGCUAAAGAACUGUAUACACAGAGAUCUGGCUGCUCGGAACUGCCUUGUGGGAGAAAAUAACGUGCUGAAGAUCAGUGAUUUUGGGAUGUCCCGGCAGGAGGAUGAUGGCAUUUACUCCUCAUCUGGCCUCAAACAGAUCCCGAUCAAGUGGACUGCACCAGAAGCACUGAACUAUGGGAGAUACAGCUCAGAGAGUGAUGUGUGGAGCUAUGGGAUCCUCCUGUGGGAAACCUUUAGUCUAGGAGUGUGUCCUUAUCCAGGCAUGACCAACCAGCAGGCUCGAGAACAAGUGGAGAAAGGUUAUAGAAUGUCCUGCCCGCAGAAGUGCCCAGAUGAGGUGUACAGGAUCAUGCAGCAGUGUUGGGAGUACAAGCCUGAAAACCGACCCAAAUUCGCCGACAUUCAGAAAGAACUGGCUGCCGUCAAGAAAAAAUAGCCUUUGAUGAGGACAUGGCCAGAGGGCCGAACCAAUCCUAUACUUCCAGGUGAUCCUGAAUCUACAGAGAACAACAUAACCAAUGUUUCGCCCUCCAAAUCACAUGCUUUUAUUGUACUUAAGAGUACUCUGUCACAUAAUCACUGUGUGAACUGCCUAUGCACCAGCUGUUUUGAGCCAUUAGCAUGGGGAGAGUUCUCCGCUUUGCUCUGAUGACAAAAUGAUGCAGGUUUCCCCUGUAUUUUGUCCUGUAAGUCUCCAUCGAGCAACAGUUAAGCUAGGUCAGACAGAACGUGAGAUGUAUGUUGUCCUAUAGAGGAGUAGUCAGUAUGCCAUUGAGUAUUUCUGUGUCCACACUAGUGACUCUCUCAAAUAAUUAAAAAACACUAUGUGGAUGAAUGUUGGAAAUCGGACCGUUUGUCCACCCAAUAAGACAGGAUUAUCUGUUUUUUUGUGUGUGUUUUUUUAAGUCCUGAGCCUGUUUGAUGGUUUUGGGUGUUUUAUAUUCAAGUCAUUUUAUGUCAUUUAUAUUUUCUGGGGAGAUAACAGACAUAUAUGCUGAUGUCUGUAAAUGAGUUGGAACUCUGCAUUGGUUCCACAAAAAGAAGUGUAUUACAUCAGUAAGAAGACUUUCAGUGUGUUACAUUCCAACAUUUCGGCACUCAUCAAAGCAAGGAGACCAAAUGCAUAGGUUUACCUAAGUGCAAUUUAGUACAUAGUACAGUCAGAUGGCCUUAAUGCAAAAUCAAAUGAUUCUGGCGGGCUGUAUGCUUAUGUAUUGUAUUUGAGACCAUUUGAAUGGACACAGCAUCAGUCUACACAAAAUACUCCAAAUACCUCUCACUUCAAGGAAUGGUUACACCCAAAAAUGAAAAAUUCUGUCAUUGUUUACUCCAUCAUAUUGUUGCAAACCCUUAUGACAUGUUUGUUUCCAUGGAACACAAAAGGAGAAGUUUAGCAGUAUGUUCAUGAUGCUCAUGGGCUUUCAAACUGCCAAAAAGGACACAAAUGCACCAUAAAAGUUGUCCAUAUUCCUUGUGUGUGGUGUUCUAAGAUUUCUGAAGCCGUUUGAUAGCUUUGUGUGAGAAAGAGACUGAAGUUAAGCCGUUGUUUGCAUAAAAUCUUCCCCUUCCCUUCUGCUGAAUAUCUCCUUUUGUGUUCCAUUGAAGAAAGAAACUCAUACAGGUUUGGAACAGCAUGAGGGUGAGUAAAUGAUGCCAGAAUGUUCAUUUAUGGGCGAACUAUCCCGUUAACAUUCAACAAAGAUGCCAUGUGGCCAUCACCUCAAGCUCUGUCCAAAACUGACUGUGGGAUCUCUGUAUGGAAAACCAGCAACCAAAACUAGUCACAGGCACGUUUAUUUGUAUCUAUCUUACUCUUGUGCUGUUCGUAUGUUGUUGCUCCUUUACGAUCAGGUUUUCUUUUGCAAACAAUCCUUGAGACCUAAUAGACAUGUAUUUACCUACACAAGUAUUACAGGUCUGGCUUGACAAGGAUUUGUUCUGUAUUAAAACUUUCCCAGGUUGUACAGGUGCCAUUGUUUUCCAUGUUUAUAUUGCUCUUUAUUUACCCAUGCUCCCAUGUAUGGCAAGCCAAAUUGACUUUUAAUCAUGUGCAGGAUAUGAAUUAUGGAUAUCUAUAGUUACAUUUUUCUACUAGUUAAAAUGUUAAUUCGUUAUCAGCAAUGAAAUUACUACUAGUGAAAAUGCUAAUUUAUGUUACGUUUGGACAAGUAAACAAUUAUUGAUAUAAAAAAAUGAUGCCAUUCUUGAAAUCAAAAAUGGAAUUUCAGCUUGUAAAAAAAAAAAACAGUUCUUGAUAUCUGUAACCAGGGGUGUAAAGUAACGAAUUACAAAUACUCACGUUACUGUAAUUAACUACUUUUUCCCAAGAAUUGUACUUUUUUAAGUAGUUUAAAAAUUGUAUACUUUUACUUGAGUACAUUUUAAGUGCUGUAACUGUACUUUUAAUGCGCUAAUUUCCCACCGUCUGUGUUCGCUACUUCCCUGUCCUGAUUUUAUUUGUAUCUAUCAACGUGAUUGUCUAGGGAGAGUCUCGUGACUCCCGUCAAAUCAAAUCACAGCUAAAAAACUUGAAUGGCAGCUGUAGAUCUGGCGCCAACUGUGGAGGAUGCCUCAAGCACAGUUCAACACCUGAACGGGCUUUUCGCAGUGAAAAAGGCCAGUUGCAUGACUGUCGUGUGAGUUUAGCUUGCUCAAGCCAGAUAUCAGCAUUAAUCCUGCCUCUAAUUUGAAGAAACAUAUCGAGGUAAAUUUCAUAUUUCCGCUUACUAAAUUCUGUGUCUAUAAUGUAGCCUGUAAUUUAGCUAUCUAUCACUGAGAUUAUUGGUUUGAUGUGAGAGAUUAAGGCAAUGUUGUCAAUAGGGAAUCAAAAGAGAUCGAUAUCGAUGAUAAACUUUUGAGUAAUUUUCUACACUUAGCCUGUGUUCUACAUUUAGACCAGGGGUGUUCAUUACAUCGAUCACGAUAGCAAGACAAACACUGGUUGGUUGAUCUAGAUAAAAUAUUAAAGAUUGACUUUUUAUUUCCUGACGUCUGUAGCUGCGUGCUUGAUUGACAGGCAGUUAAUUUGUGUGUGCUAAUGCGGGUACACGCUUAAAUGGUCAAAUACUCUUUAUAAUUCCACCAAUGUCCGUCUUGGUGAAGCAUUUACAGUGGUGUGAAAAAGUGUUUGCCCCCUUCCUGAUUUCUUAUUUUUUUGCAUGUUUGUCACACUUAAAUGUUUCAUAUCAUCAAACAAGUUUAAAUAUUAGUCAAAGAUAACACAAGUAAACACAAAAUGCAGUUUUUAAAUGAAGGUUGUUAUUAUUAAGGGAAAACAAAAUCCAAACCUAUAUGGCCCUGUGUGAAAAAGUGAUUGCCCCCUAAACCUAAUAACUGGUUGGGCCACCCUUAGCAGCAACAACUGCAAUCAAGCAUUUGCAAUAACUUGCAAUGAGUCUUUUACAGCGCUGUGGAGGAAUUUUGACCCACUCAUCUUUGCAGAAUUGUUGUAAUUCAGCCACAUUGGAGGGUUUUCGAGCAUGAACUGCCUUUUUAAGGUCAUGCCACAGCAUCUCAAUAGGAUUCAGGUCAGGACUUUGACUAGGCCACUCCAAAGUCUUCAUUUUGUUUUUCUUCAGCCAUUCAGAGGUGGACUUGCUGGUGUGUUUUGGAUCAUUGUCCUGCUGCAGAACCCAAGUUCGCUUCAGCUUGAGGUCACGAACAGAUGGCCGGACAUUCUCCUUAAGGAUUUUUUGGUAGACAGCAGAAUUCAUGGUUCCAUUUAUCACAGCAAGUCUUCCAGGUCCUGAAGCAGCAAAACAGCCCCAGACCAUCAUACUACCACCACCAUAUUUUACUGUUGGUAUGAUGUUCUUUUUCUGAAAUGCGGUGUUACUUUUACGCCAGAUGUAAUGGGAUACACCUUCCAAAAAGUUCAACUUUUGUCUCGUCAGUCCACAGAGUAUUUUCCCAAAUGUCUUGGGGAUCAUCAAGAUGUUUUCUGGCAAAAAUGAGACUAGCCUUAAUGUUCUUUUUGCUCAGCAGUGGUUUUCGUCUUGGAACUCUGCCAUGCAGGCCAUUUUUGCCCAGUCUCUUUCUUAUGGUGGAGUCAUGAACACUGACCUUAACUGAGGCAAGUGAGGCCUGCAGUUCUUUGGAUGUUGUUGUGGGGUCUUUUGUGACCUCUUGGAUGAGUUGUAGCUGCGCUCUUGGGGUAAUUUUGGUCGGCCGGCCACUCCUGGGAAGGUUCACCACUGUUCCAUGUUUUCGCCAUUUGUGGAUAAUGGCUCUCACUGUGGUUCUCUGGAGUCCCAAAGCUUUAGAAAUGGCUUUAUAACCUUUUCCAGACUGAUAGAUCUCAAUUACUUUCUUUCUCAUUUGUUCCUGAAUUUCUUUGGAUCUCGGCAUGAUGUCUAGCUUUUGAAGAUCUUUUGGUCUACUUCACUUUGUCAGGCAGGUCCUAUUUAAGUGAUUUCUUGAUUGAGAACAGGUGUGGCAGUAAUCAGGCCUGGGUGUGGCUAGAGAAAUUGAACUCAGGUGUGAUAAACCACAGUUAAGUUAUGUUUUAACAGGUGGGGCAAACACUUUUUCACACAGGGCCAUGUAGGUUUGUUUUCCCUUAAUAACCUUCAUUUAAAAACUGCAUUUUGUGUUUACUUGUGUUAUCUUUGAUAUUAAUAUUUAAACUUGUUUGAUGAUCUGAAACAUUUAAGUGUGACAAACAUGCAAAAAAAUAAGAAAUCAGGAAGAGGGCAAACACUUUUUCACACCACUGUAUGUGAACACAGACGAUUUGGUCUAAAGUGAACGUAAACAGUGGGACAAAAAUCAUAUUUGUAUCAAUAUGUUGGACUUGAAGUGUACAUGUAACCGAAUUGAGCACUGUCUAGUAGGAUAUGUCAUAUAAAGGCUAUUAAUCAAACAACAAUAACAAGGAAACGAGAAAACCACUCACUACUUUUGGCUGAAUAAAUUGAGUAGCUUUAAAAGUAUUAAUGUAAUAGAAUAAAUUUAAUAAUAUUGUUAGUUUCUUUUAUAAUACCGACCCCUGAUGUAGAGAGUGUGUUAAUUUGUAUAAUAAAUUACCAGGAAAGUAGAGAUGAUAAAAUAAUUUAUAAUUAUGCUUAGCCUUUAUCAAGUUUUUUCUAAUGCCUAAUAGAAAAGUAUCAACCUUUGUAGAGCAAUACUUCAGGCAGGAUAUUCCACCAGUCACAAACUAAAGGAAAUUGUGCAUCAUGCAUGAGAAUGAGAAUACAUCUAUUUCUGGGCUUAAAAGAUACAAGAACUAAAUCAAUGUGGAAAAUUGUAUCUCAAAAGGAGGACAAUGUGGCCCCCCCAUGUGCUACUUAAAGAAAUAGUUCACUCAAAAAUGAAAAUUCUCUCAUCAUUUACUCACCCUCAUGCCAUCCCAGAUGUGUAUGACUUUCUUUCUUCUGCUGAACACAAAUUAAGAUUUUUAGAAUUUAUAGUAAAAAUUUACUUAAAUAUUGAUCUGUUUCUCACCCAACCUAUCAUAUCUCUUCUGAAGACACGGAUUUAACUACUGGAGUCACACGGAUUAGGCUACUUUUAUGAUGACUUAUGUGAUUUUUGGAGCUUCAAAAUGUUGGCACCCAUUCACUUGCACUGUAUGGACCAAAAGAGAUGAGAUAGUCUUCUAAAAAUCUUAAUUUGUGUUCUGCAGAAACAAGAAAGUCAUACACAUCUGGGAUGGCAUGAGGGUGACUAAAUAAUGAGAGAAUUUAAAUUUUUGUGUGAAUUAUUCCUUUGAAGCCCAAUGUGGCCCCUGUACCAAACAACUGCUCUACAGCUUCUAUUGUGCGGGACAUGACGCGCCAGGUGGCCCUGAUUUUUUUUUUUUGUGCUUUUUUUUUUUUUUUUUUUUUGCAUUCCUUGCAUUGUUUUGAACAUGUUUUAUGCGCAACAAUAACUAAGGGAAAUUUAGACCCUGCAUGUAAAAUGAUUUUAAUGUAAUUGUUUCAUACAUUAUGACAUUGAAAAUAACUUUAUCUUUUCAUUUCUGUAAUCAUGUCACCCUUUUAUUUUUUUAAAUCAGAUUCAUGUAGUGUUUACAGUAUCAUAAGUGAUGUAUUUUAAAAGUUGUCAAUCACAAACACCUAUAAAAUACCUAUAUUCUUUAUUCUUUCUGGCAAACAGCCAUAGAAGGGAAUGUAAAUUACGGUAUGUGUGCUACAUUUUUAAAUUGCAGCACAGAGUUUUUAUUAUAAAGGGGCAUAGCUUUCACAACUCAGUACUCAAUACUCACUACUCAUGAGUACUUUUAAAUGAGCUACUCUUUUACUCUUACUUGAGUAAGAGAGUAGUACUUUUAGUAGAGUAUUUAAAAAGUAACAGUACUUUUACUUGAGUAUUAUUUUUCAGUACUCUUUCCACCCCUGUCUCUAACUGAAUUCUCAUAAACAGAAUUUCACAGUGAUCUCUCAAUUCAGUCCUGUUCAAAACUCAAUUACAGAGAUCUGUCAUUUAUUUUGUUCUUCAAAUAUACAGAGCUGAUAUGUAUUUCUUACUGUUUACUUCUAUUAUUUUUUUAUAAUGGUUGUAUUGUUACUAGUAAAAUGUCCAUUCCUGAAAUCAGCAGUUGAACUAGUUAAAAAAAUGCUUAUUUGGUUUUCACCAGUGGCAAUGUUUGUUUCAGAUAUCUGUACCGUGAUUGUGACUAUUAAGAAAGCCUUUUAAGAUAUCUUAACUCUUCAACUGAAUGGUAUGAAAUACUGAAUCAAACAUGUUAAAAUAAAUUUAUGGGUUUUUCUUUUUAACUAUUUUUAAUUCAAUUAUUAAAGGCACCAAAAAUGAAAAUUCUCUCAUCAUUUACUCACCCUCAUGCCUUACCAGAUGUGUGUGACUUUCUUUCAUCUGCAGAACACAAACAAAGAUUUUUUUGAAAAAUAUUUCAGCUCUGUAGGUCCAUAAAAUGCAAGUGAAUGGUGAUGAGAACUUUGAAGCUCAAAAAGCACAAAGGCAGCUUAAAAGUGAUCUAUAUGACACCAGUGGUUAAAUCAAUGUCUUCAGAGGUGAUAUGAUCGGUGUAGGUGAGAAACAGAUCAAUAUUUAAGUCCUUUUUUACUAUAAAUCUCCACCUUUGUUCAGCCCCGACCAGUUGGUAGCAAUAUGCACGAAAAAUGCGAAUCACCAAAAAACAAGAAAAGAAGAAUGUGAAAGUGGAAAUUUAUAGUAAAAAAAGGACUUACAUUUUGAUCUGUUUCUCCCCCACAUUUAUCAUCUCACUUCUGAAGACAUGGAUUUAACCACUGGAGUUUUAUGGAUUACUUUUAUACCGACUUUGUGCUUUUUUGAGCUUCAAAGUUCUGGUCACCAUUCACUUGCAUUGUAUGGACCUACAGAGCUGAAAUAUUCUUCUAAAAAUCUUCAUUUGUGUUCUGCAGAAGACAGAAAGUCAUACACAUCUGGGAUGGCAUGAGGGUGAGUAAAUGAUGAGAGAAAUUUCAUUUUUGGGUGAACUAUCCCUUUAAUAUCAGUUAUGGGCAUUUUCACUAGUAAUGUAAUUAUUGAUAUAAAAAUAUAUUAGCACUUUUACCAGCAAGUAGUACAUUGCUGAUAUAUGAAAUUGGAAUUUCAACUAGUAAGAAAAUAAUUUUAGAUAUUCGUAAUUGCAUUUUUGAAAAGGAGCGAAUGACGUGAAAAUGCAGUAACAUAUAUCAGUACUUUUGUCCCCCAAGAACGGGUAUUUCCGUGAGUAAUCAUUUUUAUAUCAAGAAUUUGCAUUUUUACUAGUGCAAAUGUAAUUACUCAUUAAAAAAAAUAGCAUUUUCACUAGAAGUAAUUAUGCCGGUGACAUCAAGUAUUAGCAUUGAAUUGUAGGUAUCUGUAAUUCAUAUCCUGCACGUGAGUCCAUGCAGACUGCUCAAACAGUGUUUAACCAGCAACCUCCUCCAAGCUCCUGAGUCACAUAAAUAUGUCAAAAUUAAAUGGUUUCUUCAAGGUUUACUUUAUUAAUAUCAUUCCUUUUGUAUUUUGUAAAUACUUUUUUGUAGAUUCAGUAAUGUAAUUUUGUAGGUUCUCCUUUUAUAUUACUGCACAAACUAAUGAUAUUAGAGUGUUGAUGUCUGUCAGGAUGGAAUAUGCCUCAACUUUGAUUGUCUUUCCAGCUAUAAUAGUCGCAGUGAAGACCCAGAAUCAGUUCUACACUAAUGUUUGCACAUUUGGAAUUAUAUAUAUAAUUCCAGAGAGAGAGAGACAUGACUGUUUCUUGUUAGUCUGCCAUUUUUUUCCCCCUCUGUUGCCAUCACUCUAAUGUGACCAAACAUCAAUGUGAUGAAAUGUGCUAAUCAUGCAGAACUGGUGACAAUUCAUACGUAAAGCUACUGUAUAAUACAGUUUUGAGUAGUAUCUUUGCAUGAUAGAGCUUCACCUUUGGGUUCAGAUUAAAGAUGCCCCCCCUAUUAAUUUACAUUAAUUUAACUACUUGAGUGAGCUCUUAUUAUUUUUGCCUUUUUAACAUCAAAGCAAUUAUCCCUAUAGUUUUUAUUUAUUUGAAAUACUGUAAUAUUAUCCUAGAAUUUGAAUCUUUGCUUUUUUUUUGUGCCAUUCACCAUAACUCCUACUGUCAGUGUAUUAAAGUGAUCACCAGUAUUUGUGUUAUUCCAAGAGACUAGUUUUUAAUUUCACUUUCCUACAUCUAACUUGCUCAUAGUGAUCAAGUAAACUUACAAUUUGAAAAAAAAAAAAAAAA